CUACCACGGCGUACAAGAUCCACCAGAGGUUGGUGGAUAUGUAAACAAUAAUAAAAAUUCACCAAAAAGGACUAUUUACAAAAUUUUAUAAAUAGAUUUAUUGUAAAUUUUUUUUUUAAUAGAAGAAAAGAAAAAUGUCUUGUAGUUAUGCCGAUGGUUUAUCUGCUUAUGACGAUAAAGGCGUUUUGGGUCUCCCAGAGCAAUUCGAUACUGCCAGUGAAGUAGAACAGAAAUGUAAAUUAUUAACGCAAUGGAUUUUGGAAUCUCGGCAUGUUGUUUUUCACACAGGUGCCGGUAUAAGCACAUCAGCUGGUAUUCCGGAUUUUAGGGGUCCGAAUGGGGUUUGGACACUGGAAAAGCAGGGCAUAAAACCGAGUAUUAACAUGUCAUUUGAUGAUGCGGUGCCUACUUCAACUCAUAUGGCCUUAAAAAAAUUGGUUGAAGAAGGAUAUGCAAAGUUUAUCGUUAGCCAAAAUAUUGACGGUUUACAUUUACGUUCAGGCUUAAAUCGGCAGAACAUUGCUGAGCUUCACGGAAACAUGUUCACUGAACAAUGUGCCACUUGUAAAAGGCAGUUUAUUAGAUGCUCGGCCACGACUAGUGUGGGACAGAAACAGCUGGGAACAACGUGCCCGGGAUCACAAGUAUCACGCCGUGGCUGUAGAGGCAAAAUGAUCGAUACAAUAUUAGAUUGGGAGGCCAGUUUACCAGAAGAUGAUUUAGUAAUGGCAGACUAUCACUCUUGUGUUGCUGACUUAAGUAUAGCCUUAGGGACUACCUUACAAAUUGUCCCUAGUGGAAAUCUUCCCACCUUUACGAAGAAAUAUGGAGGGCGUUUAGUUAUAAUCAAUUUACAGCCAACCAAACAUGAUAAAAAAGCCGAUCUCAUUAUACACAGUUAUGUAGAUGAAGUGUUAUUAAAGGUAAUGAAUUGUUUGCAACUAGAAAUACCGCAGUACAGUGAGGAUCUGGAUCCUACAAAGCGGAGAAACGAUGACAUUGUGGAGUGGAACUAUUUAAGAUUAAGUAUUAAUGAUAUGAAGAAUAUGUAUAAUGCUCACACUAAGAGAUUUAAAAAAAUUAAACUGGAAAGGAAACUUAAAAGGGAAAAUGAAGACGAAAUUAAAAAGGAGGAAAAGAAAUUUAAAGAAGAGGAUAGUGAUCAAAUAGUCACGCCUGAAGUUAUUGUUGUAGAGUAAUGAUGACAAUUUUAUGUUUUAUUAUAUUUUUUACAUCACUUUUAAUUUAAAAUAAAUUAAUUGAACCUUA